GAUAGACAGAGGAUACUACAGGAAGAUCCUGAGAUAAUCAGCGCGUGGUUUAAGCUAGUAGAGGAUACUUAAGUUAAGUAUAGUGUUUGCAACAACAACGUGCACAACUUUAAUAAAACUAGGUUCUAGAUGGGCGUUGCUUUGUCUUUAAAGGUUGUAACAGGCUUAGAGAGACGUGCUCGGCCAGAGCUUGUUCAGCCAGGUGAUCGCGAGUGGGUUACCGUUAUCCAGAGCAUCUGCGCCGCUGGGUAUGCAACCCCGCCUUUCAUCAUCUACAAAGGACGCGUCCACAUCUCUGCCUGGUAUGAGGAGACAGAUAUACCCCACGAUUGGAAGCUCUCAGUCUCUAAGAAUAGUUGGACAAACAACGUGCUUGGCCUUAAGUAGUUAAAGCACUUUAACACGCAUACAAAGACGCGUCAGUUUAAGGACUAUUGCCUAGAGAACUAAAUCCUUACUCUCUGCAUGCCACCUUACUUGUCACACAUCCUCUAGCCACUUAACGUGGUCUGUUUCUUACUGUUAAAGCGCAAGUACUCCUAACACGUUUAAGACUUAGCACGCUAACGCGUCUUCCACAUUAACAAGGAAGGCUUCCUACUAGCCUUUAGGGACGCGUUCCUUAAUAUGUUUACAAAGGUUAACUGCUAAAAGGCCUUUAAGGCAUUAGGGCUUGUUCCUACUAACGCGCAGGUGGUGUUAGAUUGCCUUAAAGUGCGGCUGCAUACCCCA